AUGGCUGAUGUCCCUGGCUUUCGACAAACACUCGUAUCUGUCGAUAACAGCACCGAGCUUAUCGGCGAUCUCAGCCACGAAGUCAAUGGCAACUUCAUAUUCACAGACCGUUGCGCAACUCCAGGUGGAUUGCUUUACGUCCGAGACGAUCAAGCUUCGAAGCGCAUCUACCAUAUCAAGCACGUCGAGCCCGGUAAGGCUACCGAUAAAGACUUAUGGGUUAUCACCGACAAUAUUCGCAAGCUGGAACCUGAUCAGCACAGAGAAAUUGUCACGGCCUUCGACAAAGGUUACAGCCAUCCCUGUGGCGACAGCAGCUUCGAUAGUGCUCGGCACAUUCAAGCCCACCUUCCUGGGACUUGGAUACCCUUGCAUCUAGGUUUUCGGAUCAGUGUAACCGAGAAGAGUCCACAUGACAAUGUGGAAUUGAACGACUUCUCCCAGCAGACGUUCGAGCCUGACUCUUGCGGAAUUUCCCAGCCCGCCAUUCAACUCCGACUGAAUGUCAAAGAUAUCCACUUUCCUACGCCGUCUCUCCCGGUGAUUUGGAAUGGAGCUAUGGUUGGAGGAGAGGAGCCUUGGGUGCCUGUCGCCGACCACCGGUCCAAGGAGGCUCUCGAGCUUGUUGCCUAUGCUCUGAACAAAGUCACCCCUGAGGAAGGUCACCGGCUGGCAGUUGAUGGAGUUCGGCUUUCCUUGCGUCCCGAUGAGGAGUGCUCCACCUGUCCCGUCGGAAAAUCGCAGAUUCACAACGUUAUCAAUGACGAUGGCACGAUUGACCGAUACGAAGAUCAACAGGCCGCUGCCGAGAUCAACCGCAAUGAGAAUAACAGGAAGCCUCCGUUCAACAUCGAAGCGUGGCUUCAACAAAGCUAUUGCAACCCGUCUCCCUGGUUGCUUCUCAAUAUGCGCAUCGAUAUCAACCCAAUGUCGCUAAUUCACCGCGCUUUGGGUUACAUCACAAGAGAUGCCACCACAAUGUCGGCGGCUUGCAGAUCGGCAUUCGGCACUGGUUCAUUUCAAGUGCAGUUCGCGUUCCGAGACCCGAGCCUGAAGAGCUUGGUCCCGUUCAGCCAGAGUUUGCAACCGACAUCGAGCAUCAACCACGUCAACAAGAUCCAGCCCCCGUCGUUUCCAAAGAAUUUAAGGCUGAGAGAUGACCAGCUCGCUGCCGUCAACUGGAUGCUGGAACGAGAGAGCGGAAAGGACGGAUUUACAGAGAUCGAGAUUGAGGAGACUCUGUUGCCAUCCGUGAACGUGCGGAUGUACGGGGUAGCCCAGGUCCAGAACUGCACGCGAGGAGGUGUCCUGGCACACGACAUCGGCUAUGGCAAGACCAUCAUCACCUUGGCUUUGAUUGAUUACAAGCUCGGCGAGCCCCAAGACACCAUCGAAUCGAUAAAGGAGCGCUACCGGUUGGUGAAUGGCAACCGCUUGUUGCACCUGAAGGCAACUCUGGUCAUGGUCCCCCAUCAUAUCAUUACUCAGUGGGCGUCCGAGGCCAGAAGAUUCCUCGGUUCUAAGCGAAGAAUCCACGUCAUCCGGAAGGCCACUGAUAUUGAGCGGGAGAAGUUGAUCAAGGCAGACGUUAUUAUUGUCAGCACAGUUGGCCCGACCAAUGACAAGGCCAUGACGGCUCUGGCUGCCGCGGCCGGGCUUCCCAAGCUUGCUAAAGGGACCGAUCGUUCUAAGCAGGAAUGGUACUGCGCAGCGCUGGAGACCUUAAGAAAUGUCGGCUUCGACUUUCAAAACCCAGACGCUACAAGCGAGGAAGAACUGCGGCGUCGUCUUGAAAACCUUAGACUCGCAUCUGAGAGAAUUGCCGAAGAGGCAGCUUUGAACAAUGUCGGCCCAAGUUCUCGAAAGGCCCAGCUUACAACCACAUCGAAGGGAUCCAAGGAGCCAACCAAGGAGCAGCAAGCUGCUGCAGCUGCCGCGACAAAAUCUCAGGAGGAAGUUCCAAAGCUUGGUCUGUUUAAGACAGCACGGUUACUGCAGAUGUGCACUUUUCGCAGAGUCGUCUACGAUGAGUUCUCAUACGAGAACUUUGGCGCUUCGCUGUUUUUCCAGAACGUUAUUGCUUCGUCGAAAUGGAUCCUUUCUGGUACCCCGCCGACUGGCAGUCUCGGUCAGCUCUGCAAGAUCGGCUCGCUGAUCAACUCUCAUGUCGCUCGGGUUGCUCCCACGCCUGGAUACUUUCCCUACGUUACCAAUGGACCCGAGGUAGCUGAGCUGACGCAGGGCGAGGAAUUUCUCGCAUUCCGCGAUUGUGCAUCGGCCCAGUUCGCGCUGGAGCGACACCAGCAGGGACAACGGUUCGUCGAGCAUUUCUUCCGGAAGAACGAGACAGACGUUUCCGACAUUCCCGUCAUUGAACGUAUCGUUCUGUCUACUUUGAACCCUCAAGAGACCAUCAUCUACAACUUGGUCCAGCAAGCUCUCCGCGACGCCAUGUGGCAUGAACAGGGCGUCACCGGUUACUUUGCAAACUUGAUCGAAAACACCCUCAGCAAUGAGAAGGGAAGCCGAGCGGGCCAGAAGGUCACAGGGUCUAAGGAGUCUGCGUACGCAAGCACCAUCGAUGCCCUGAACAUUUUGGCAUCGGUAUCAGCCUCAUACAACGCGUUCAAAUGGAUUCCUGGCAACCAAGCCGUGACCGCAAAUACCAUCACCACGGGGUCGAAUAUGCGGGGCAUGGCUUAUUUCAAUCAUUGUAAAGAAACCCUCUCGUCUUUGAUUGAUUUGAUGAUGUUCCUAGCAAACAUCAUCAAGAAGGACAGCUCGCCUCGGGACGACACUCGCAGCAAGAGGGAGGCUGCUUACAUGGAGCAUAUGCAGAAGCUCAUCGCGAACUUUCGCGCAGCUGAUGGGGGAGCUUUUGGGGACGUGGACUGCAUGCGCAACGUCAGGGAGACUAUCAUUCACAAGAAGCACAUCAACGGCGCCAACUACCGCUACGUCGUGCCUCGGGGUCGUUUGUUGUGGGACGCUGAGAAUUGGGCGAGAGAGAAGGGUGGCCCAGGCCGGUAUGAUCAGACAGAUUGGUGGAAGAUGGCAGAUGUUGACGACAUUCUGGACGAAGAAGUCAGCGGACUGAUGCACCAUCUUCCUCAUAUUUCCCCAGACGAUCCUAUUGACAAGAAGGAUUUUAUCCGACAGCUGGUUGCACUCCAGGAUGACCCGAGAAAACGCAAACGAAUUGCUAGCGCCGUUGGUCUCAAGAAGACAGAUAUCAACGAGAACAUGGACAAGAAGGUCGAGAACUUUUUCAAGGCCAAGGACGAAGACGCCAAAGAUACCAAAGAGACCAAGAAGGCCAAAGAGGCCAAGGAGAAGAAUGAGGGCAAGGCAUUCGAGUUCGGCGUCAAGCUUUCGUCGAAGCGACCAAAAGUCAACACGAAACACACUGUGCGAUCAUCGCUUGUUGACCAGACCCUCGACUGCUUCAUGCUCGUCAUUCAGAGUAUCGAGUCCGGCAUUAUGGUCACAGCUGAUGCAUGGAGAAGAAGUCUGUUCGCCAUGAAGGCUUGCCUGAUCAUGCAUCGCAAUCUUGAGGCCUACGGAGGCUUCGCUGUCGAAUGCAACAAGUGCUCCAACCAGAUCACCGAUCUGAACGAAGGUUUUUUGUCAGUCGCAUGCGGUCAUACGCUCUGCGGCACUUGUUUUGCAGAAUUCAGCAGUCUGGCCAGCGAGAAGUGCCCUUCUCAAGGAGGCUGCACGGCCAUGUCUCAAAGCACCUUCAUUCCGUGGUCGAUGCUCAUUCACGAUCCUGAGUACAAUCUGAAUGAUGAUCUUGCCGCUGAGCCCAGUAGCAAGGUCAAGUCAGUGCACAACGUGAUUCAGAACGAGAUCGCGCCCUACAAUGAGAAGGUUCUCAUCUUUGCAGCUUACAAUGGCAUCAAGAUUCAACUUCGGGAAUUCUUGACGUCGCAAGGUCUUGCGGUGUACCUUACCAAUGGAGCCAAGAACGACCCUGAACAGAUUGAGGCGUUCAAAAACCACAAAGGCACCGCUGUCCUCAUCCAGAGUCUCAUGUCUGCCGAGAGCGCUGGCACCAACCUGGUGGAAGCGAACCACGUCAUGUUUGCCGGUGCCCUCAGCACCGACACGGUCAACUACGACAUGUACAUGAGACAGGCAAAGGGAAGAGUUGUCCGCCAGGGACAAAUGAAGGGCGUUAUUGUAUACCACUUUGCAUCUCUGGGCACUCUCGAGUUCGACGCCAUGAACAGGCGCUUGAAGGGAAAGCUGACCGACUGGGGCGAAAUCCCUGGCCGUGUUGAUCUUCCUCUCGCAGACCCCGCGCCCGUCAGCCCGCACUACCCCAUCAUGUUCCGCCCUUUUAUAAACGAGGUUCAGUCCGAGAGGCUUCUAAGCUCUGUCGAGUUUGAGGAGUUUGAGAUGGAGUAA